AUGACAUUGACGGCGAGGAAGGCGGCGACGGGGAGGAGCGCGGAGACGGCGACGGCGUCGGGGAGGCCGGUCCCGCGCGCUCCUGGACCCACGCGUCACUGGUUCGCCUUCGUCAGGUCCUCGCUCCGCGCGCGUGGAAGAGAAUACCCGCCGCCGCCGCCGGGGCUGCUGCUGCGAGGAGGAGCACCUGCGGCCGCGACGCACCGGGGGCAGUUGCAGCCCAUUCCGGCGCCCUUCAUGUCCUUCAGGCCGCCCACCGCUGACGACGCCAGCACGCCCAUGGCAGCGCCUCAUCAUCAGGGGCAGCUCCGGUUCCACGGCCACGGCGGAUCCAGCCCGUUUCACCAGCCGCCGCCGGGGAGAAACCCAAACGCCGCGGAUAGCGGCGCGUCCACGACUCACCAGCGUUUCACCGCCAACAGUGCCGCCUACAGGUCUGCGGUUGGCAUCUACGCCCCAAGGCGCAUAUGGAAUCCAAAGUCAACACUGAUGACUAUGUUCUACAACGGCGCCGUCAACGUCUUCGACGUCCCGAUGGACAAGGCCCAAGAGAUUAUGGUUUUAGCAAGCAGGGCAUCUGUUUCAAACCUACCAAGACCCACUCAAAUCCAGAAAUCUGAUUCCCAGGUCCCUACCAAUACCACCAGAUUUGCCAUGCCUGACCCGAGGAACACCUUUGCAAAUCAUGUGUCAGUCAUUUCAAAUCCAACCGCCUCCGCGUCACAAACUCCGACGCUCUCCAGGACAACGCCAGGCUACCAAACUUACACUCCAGCUCCGACGACACAUUCAGGCGUACCACCAUCAGUUGUUCCUCCGGUACGAAUUCGCGCAUCCUCAGCGCAACCGAUGCAACAAGCAUCUUCAGUUGCCGUCGCAGAACCUAUUAGGCCAAUAGCUGUCCGUCAAUCUCGGAAAGCGUCUCUCGCCCGGUUCUUGGAGAAGCGAAAAGACAGAGUUUCAAGUGUCAUGCCGUACCAGUUGUCGAAGAGCCAGCAGGGAGAGAGCAGUGGCAGCUUGGGCAGUGCGAGCACUCCAAGCAGGUUAUCUAGCGCAGACGAUGCCACACUGAGCAACAACUGCCAGGAGUCUAUGAGCAUGGACACGUACAAUGGCACUAGCUUAGCAAUGUCCCGUAGGGUGGUCAUUGAGUUGGAAUGAGAGAUAGAGAAAAAAAAGAGGUUUCCGUUACAAAGAUAUGGCAAUUUUUCGUAUUGUUUGAGAUUGUUUUUUUUUUUCCUUUAGUUGCAUAUCUUCUAGUUUAGUUUUAGUCAAAUUAUAUUUUUAUUAGCAGCAUGCAGCCAUUAAAAUUUAGAGAUAGCAAUAACCCAUAUUGUAUUUUUUUUUGUCUUCUCUACAGUAGAUGUUUUGCAAUUGCAUAAUGGACAUUUAUUUAUACUACCGGUCUAACCGCCGCCUCUUAAUGGAAGAGAUGUGCAAUGUCGAA